AUGGCAAAACUAUUCAAGGGUAGUCAUGCCGCUGGCAUCUUUGCCGACAUGUCUGUUGAUGGACCCCAAAUUGGCACUUUGGUGGCCAUUAUCGACCGCGCAAAGAAUCUACCUAAUCGCAAGACUAUGGGAAAACAGAACCCCUAUUGUGCUGCACGGCUGGGAAAGGAAGCCAAGAAAACUCCAACAGAUAUGCGCGGUGGACAAACACCUAGAUGGGACCAUGAACUCCGUUUCACAGUUCACCAAUCUCCUGACUACUACAAACUCAAGGUUUCCGUGUUCAACGACGACAAAAAGACUGAUCUGAUAGGAGAAACUUGGAUUGACCUGAACAACCUCAUUAUCCCUGGAGGCAGCCAGGAUGACCACUGGCACCCACUGCAGUCGCGGGGCAAAUACUCUGGCGAAGUUCGAAUCGAGAUGACAUACUACGAUACCCGACAACAGGAUGAGGCAGUGAUUGAGAAGCGAAAAGAAGCAGCGGAUAGAGUUCAGGGCAAACCAGCAGCCAUGACAUCAACACCAUCAUCAACAUCAACAUCAAGCUCUGGCUUAUCCGGUCCAAGGCAACCGAACACUGUAAAGCGACGACCACUGCCCACUGAUCCAACAGGAGUAGCUCCUCCUAGACCAUCUGUUCAAGAGCAGCCUCAGUCAGCCCCUUCAUUGCACCACCCAAUGCCUUCACGAACCAUCCGGGAACAAGUUCAAAGCAUGCCCACAGCUCCUGUUCCUGAGCCCGCACAGCCUUACCCCCAGAGACACCAUUCAGAGCCUACAUAUGAGCCACAUUAUACUUCAUCCCAAUCUCGGACAUACGAUGCUCCUGAUACCUAUCAACGUGAAUGGGAAGCGCCAGCCUCGGCACAAGUUCUCCCACCGGCGGGCAUGAUGAGGCAUAACCCCACCCAUGAACCGAUGUAUACCAGUCAUGAGAACCCAGAGCCUGUAUAUGACUCGCGUCCACAGCAGCAGCCUCGCAGCCACUCUGACUUUGACCACUAUCCCCCUCGAGAGUACCGCUCUGUAUCACAAGAGCCAGCAUUCGACACCGACAUGCGCGGCAGGGCUCUUUAUGAGCCCGCUAGACAGGGAGAGGAGAUCUACAGUCCUCUAUCGCCUCAGUAUAUCGCACCACCCUUGUCGUUUGGGCCGGUGUCAACAUUCACACCACGUCAGUCCGCAUACGCUGAUGAGCCGGCACCUCUGAGUUAUUCACGGCCGAGUUCAUCAUCAGGGCCAGCAGACGAUCCUCGCUACCAGCCGCAUGAUAUUCGAUCAUUACAACCCAUGCGUCGCGAGGUUUAUCAUCCCGAGUACGCCACCAUGCAGCCACGCGUGGAAGAUGAGGAUGAGGAUGGGCCACCUCCACCGCCCCCGGUUCAUCGGUCUCGGAUGGCACAGCACGCACAACCAGUACAACAUGUACAGCCGAUGCAGCCAGCCGCCCCACCAGUCAGAGAGCAUGCAUCCUCAUACCAGCCAUACAUACCAGGUCACUCUAACACUACGCCCCCCGUUCCCACCAGUCUCGUCGCUGGAUACGAACCCGAAGAAUUCCCUAAUUAUGAUGACCGAAGCGGCCGUAGAAAAAGCGCUCUCUUCGACGAUGAAAUGAUGAUUUCUCACCCACCAGGACCGGGCGCCCUCGUGCCUGUUUCCAAAUCUGCGCAAGCACCACCUGUCCCUUACGAAUCUCCCAUCUACCCUCUCCGUACCUCUCCACGGCCUAUAGACGAGCGGCCGACCUCCAGCCGCGGUGGAUCCACGGACAUGCGAAUGGUGACACGAAAAUCCGUCAGCCCCCGACCUUCAAUCUCAAGUGACCGUGAACGCCCCUCUUCGACCCCAUUCUCGCCUGACUCAUACAACCUAAUCAACCCGAAUGCUGCGCGUUCUGCCACUAACAGAGAUCCUACGCCUGCAUACGACUCGCCAGCUCAAGCCAGGGAUGCAGUACUUCGCGCAGAAAUGGAACCCAUCCGGGACCUUAGCCAGCCUAUCAUCGGGGAUGAUGGCCGAGAGAUCGAUCCAUCAGAUCAUCUUCCCACGGACACUUGGGCUCCAGAGCCAGAACGGAAGAACCGCAAACCAGAAGUCAUCAUUCGCUUCAAGCAUUCGCCUCGAGACCGGCCCACUUCCCGCGGCAAUGAUACCACUUCAAGCAGCACUGGACCACCUCGCGUGGGUUUCAGGACGGAGACUACUUCAUACAACUCCGAUCGUAAGCGGUACACACCGAGUCAUUCCCAGCCCAGUCCUGAACCCGUGGGAACACCGCAGCGAGGCUAUGAUAACUAUGGAGGUAGUUACACACAACCCCGAGGCUACAGCACACCGACAUCCACUGAACGGCCCCGCUCCUCUCGUGGCUCCGUUUCACCAUCUCCUGGUUCUCGCUCCCCAUUGUACGACUACAGCCCCGGUCCACCAAUCCCUAACAAGGUCCCAAUUGCCCAGGGCUCACCAAGUUACCCCGUGGCUGCCAGCAAUACCAGCAGCGGGAACCCUGGCAUGGAUGCCUUAAGUCGGGAAUUGAAGAGCAUUGAGAUCGGCUCAGCCAGUUGUAGCCCGAGUCGUGCUGUUCGGAGAUACGCACCACCUCGUCAGUCAGCAUCAAUCGGGUAUGCUAGUUAA